CCUCAACAACAAAGACCUCUCCAAUAAAGCUUCUUCUCUUUCUUCAGUUUCAUUUAUUUUCGUUCCACACACCGGUUCUUAUUUUGCAUUUCAUAAUUCAAUUUUUGUUAGAAAAUUCUAUUUACAAUUCCGUUUUGAAAUGGCAUCAUUCGACCAAGCCAGCGUGUAUGUGUCGGGACCUCGAGACAGUGGCGAACAAAUUUUAGACGAGGCGACCGGAGGAAUUAUUGACCAUCAAAAUUAUAAGAAACAUUUUAAAGAGUUUCUGCGACAAUUUCGGGACAAUACGUCCUACUACAAAUACAGGGAUCUUCUUCGUCAUAAUUAUAACACCCGUCAGUUAUGGAUUGAAAUUCAAAUUGAAGAUGUGAUGAACUUUAACGAGGAUUUGGCUGACCAGAUAAUGCGUAGACCUGGAGAGUUUAUUCUUAUUUUUGAGGAGGCCGCAAGGGAAGUGACUGACGAAAUUACUUCUCCUCGACCUCCCGAUGCCCACGAGAUUGAAGACAUUCAAGUGAUGCUAGCCUCGAAGUCUGACCCUGUUGCGAUUCGAGAGCUUAGGUCGGAGAAAGUGUCUCAUCUCGUGAAAAUCUCGGGAAUUGUUUUGACCUCGUCCGCCAUUCGUUCUAAAGCUGCCCAAAUAUCUCUAAUGUGUAGAAGCUGCCGAUCGGUUAUUCCUAAUGUAACUGUCCCCCCUGGUCUCGAGGGGUAUGCAUUACCAAGGCAGUGCUCAACGAAUCAAGGAGUCCAAGCCGGUGCCGUCAAGUGUCCUUUAGAUCCGUACUUUAUCAUGCCAGACAGAUGCAGAUGUGUGGACUUCCAAGUUUUGAAGCUGCAAGAGUCGCCAGAAAGUGUUCCUCCAGGAGAAAUGCCCAGACACAUGCAACUUUACUGUGAUCGCUAUUUGUGCGAUAAAGUUGUUCCCGGAAAUCGAGUCUGCAUUCUUGGGAUUUACUCUAUUAAAAAGGUUACAGCACCUACAAAGAAAUCAGCUCAAACUAAAGUGGCCAUUGGGGUUCGACAACCAUAUUUCCGUGUGUUUGGAAUUGAAUUAGACACAGAGGGGUCAGGCAGAACGGGAAAAGUGAAAUUUACAGCAGAGGAAGAAGAAGAGUUUCAAACAUUGGCAAAAAAACCGAAUUGCUACGACUUGAUUUCAAAGUCAAUUGCUCCUAGCAUUUUUGGAUCUGAUGAUAUUAAGAAAGCGAUUGCAUGCCUCCUGUUUGCGGGUUCUCGUAAGCGACUCCCGGAUGGUUUGACACGUCGUGGCGAUAUUAACGUUUUGUUAUUGGGAGAUCCUGGAACAGCUAAAUCUCAACUGUUAAAGUUUGUGGAAAAAUGUUCUCCAAUUGGAAUAUAUACUUCUGGGAAAGGCUCUUCGGCGGCUGGUUUAACAGCUUCUGUUAACAGGGACCCCACUACUAGGAACUUUGUAAUGGAGGGAGGUGCUAUGGUCCUCGCUGAUGGAGGCUGCGUUUGCAUUGAUGAGUUUGAUAAAAUGAGAGAAGAUGACCGUGUUGCUAUCCACGAAGCCAUGGAACAGCAGACAAUUUCCAUUGCAAAGGCUGGAAUAACGACAACAUUAAAUUCACGCUGUGCCGUUCUGGCAGCUGCCAACUCAAUCUUUGGACGAUGGGACGAUACAAAAGGAGAUGAAAAUAUUGACUUCAUGCCAACAAUUCUUUCGAGAUUUGAUAUGAUUUUCAUUGUUAAAGACGAACACAAUGAAUCGAGAGAUAUGAUGAUGGCAAAGCAUGUCAUGAGAAUUCACAUGAAUGCCCAGAAGGCGAAUGAACAGCAAAUUGCAGAAGGAGAAUUAUCCUUGACGUUUUUGAAAAAGUAUAUUGCGUACUGUAGAAGCCGUUGUGGUCCACGUUUGACAGUAGAAGCGGCAGAGAAAUUGAAGAAUCGUUAUGUUCUCAUGCGAAGUGGAAAUCGCGAAGCAGAGAUGGAGGCAGAUAAGAAAAAUCCCAUUCCAAUUACGGUCCGACAACUUGAGGCUGUUAUUCGUAUAGCUGAAUCUUUGGCAAAAAUGGAGUUGAAGCCGUUUGCUACUGAUUCUCAUAUUGAUGAAGCGCUCAGACUUUUCCAGGUGUCAACUUUAGACGCUGCUAGUUCUGGAAAUCUAGCUGGAGUGGAAGGAUUUACAACUCAAGAAGACCAAGAAUUGCUGAAUCGUAUUGAAACCCAGCUGAAGCGUCGUUUUGCUAUUGGAUCCCAAGUAUCAGAGCAUACUAUAGUUCAGGACUUUAUUCGCCAGAAAUACCCGGAAAGAGCGAUUUUUAAAGUCCUGUUCACCAUGAUCCGCCGUGGAGAAAUGCAACAUCGCUUGCAAAGAAAAAUGCUGUUUCGUAUCAAGUAAUAUGUGGCAAACUCAUCAAAUACGAGUAACUCGCCAUUACAAUAUUUCUAAUGUACAUUUUUACUUUAAUAAUUAUAUCACUUAUCGACUCCUCACUCAACAGUGAGGAAUUUUAAAACUUUCUGUAUGAAAUAUGUUUAUAAUAUUUUUACACCAGUGAUGUUGCAGUACAGAAAAUAAAUGGUAACAUCUAGAGUGAAAGCUGUGCACGUGUAAUUAGGUUUACAAAUAUGAAACAUGUACUAAAAAGCUAUGGACAAUUUGGUCCCAAAAGUAAUAAAAUGUAACAUUGGUAAUAAUGUG